AUGAAGUUUACCAUCUUCAGUGCAUCAAGGCUCAUCCUCGUGGCACUUGGCACUGCACAGUUCAACACCUUGGGUCAUGCCCAUCCUUCCGUCACGAAGCGUGGAGCACCCAUCGUAAUGGGACUCGCCGAAUCGUUCGGCAUUAUCGCAGGCACAACUCUUACCAGCACCGGCGCGACCUUGGUCACUGGAGACUGCGGCACCUGCCCUGGGUCAAGCAUCGCAGGAUUCCCUCCUGGCUCAUGUACGGGCAUAACAUCUGCCGGAGGAACCACCGCAUGCGACGCCGAAGCCGCCUGCCAGAGCGCAUAUACCAAUGCUCGGGCCGUGACGCCCACCAGUGCUCUGCCAGCCGCUGAUCUUGGAGGCCUAACCUUGGCUCCCGGCGCAUACACAUUUCCCACCUCUGCCGCUACGCUCACCGGAACUCUCACCUUGGAUGGCUCAUCGAAUGCUGCAGGCCAGUUCAUCUUCUUGAUCGAGACCACUUUUGGCGCAAUGGCGGCUUCCCAGGUCGAAUUGAUCAACGGUGCUCAGGCGUGUAAUGUCUUCUUUGUUGUGGGAUCUUCGGCUUCGGUUGGUGCGGCGGCGGCGCUGCAGGGCAACAUUCUGGCCUAUACUUCCAUAGCGGUCCGUGAUGGAGCGAGCAACCAGGGUACUUUCUGUGCUCUACACGGAGCUGUUACGCUGAUUAAUGAUGCCAUUACCGCUCAGCCAGGUUGCUACACUUAG